ACAUACGUAUCUUUGGGGAACUGGUUAGCAGAACAAAAGGAAAACGAGGAGAUGACGGUGGUUUUCUUGGGGGGUAAUAUUUGGGUGGAAGGUUGGAGAAGACUGAAACGCAGAUAAGGGACUCGCAACUCGAAGUCUGAGGGAAGAUGAUUCUUCUACAAAACGCGAAGGAGCUGAUACAACAAGGAGGGAAGGUGGUGGUGAAGAAGAUCGUGAGAUCGAAGACAACGACGGAGCGAAACAGGGCGACACUGGCAGCGUACUUAAGAACACCGAGAUCGGACAUGAAGAUGAGCAAGCUUCCUACAAAGAAGCUAAUCAGACUCUACAAGACAGUCGGGCUGCUUAUGGAGAAGAUGAUGAAAUACCGACUGCGGACCAAACUAGACAGGAUCAUUGCAAGAAAGACGGGGGUGAGUGUAAGGAAGAGGAUAAAUAUCAAGUUGCCUUUUGACUCACGGAUACUGAAGAGGGGAGUACGAGAGACUGCUGAAGAUCUGGUGGGCACUAUCAUACAAGAUAAACCAAUGGUGGAUUUCGUGAAGACCAGGAUCCGGGUGCUGUGGCUGAGGAACUGCAAAGUCGCCAAGUUGAUCCAUAACCAGAAGAAGUACGCGAACGAAGAGGAACACCCAUGGUCGUGCAAAGGGAGAGAACUCCCCAAGCACGCGGGACACAUUUUGACAAGAUUCUCGGAGCUCGAGAUUCCGGACUUCCUUCGGAAUUCGAGGAACGUGACGAAGUCGGGCAAAGCAUCGGAUAUCCGCAUCAUUUCGAGGGCAAUCGUGGACGCCGUGAAGCAUCUCAGGAGUAAGAAGGAGCCAAAGAUGGAACCAGACAGGAUAUACUCAAGACAACAAGCGAGAAGGACAACAUGGAUAGAUGAAGAGGUGAGAAUCUGGAGAAAACAGUUUAACGGGUUGGUUCUAUCGCCGAUCGAUAUGAACCAGGGGGACACAGCGGUGAUCUGCCCGAUAGUGUACAGACAUGGGUUCGGGAAAACCUUCGCUUGGAACUCCAACUACGAGCAAGUGGGUACACUGGACACAGAGGAGAAGAUACUCAAACGGAGCAAGGAGGAUUUCCUUAAGAGCGGUCUGAUGAGCAUUGGAAAAUGACGACCAGAUGGACACUUAGGGACAGCGUACACCAUUCUGAAACAUAAGGAUCUCACUCGCUGGAGGCCGAUAGCACCGGCCCCGGCAGAUC